AUAUAGAGGAGGUUACCGUGGGUGGAUUAUUUACUUUAGUCUUUAUUGUGAGUGACUGUGUGCUGGUUGGUGAGGAAAAGGAAUGGUGAGACAAAGCAGUAAUCCACAAAGGCUGUGAAUGAAAUAUGGAGGGGGCAGAGCAAAGUGAACCAAGACAAGUGUACCGUCACUCUCCAGUCUCCAGUCUCCAGAGUGAGCGUAUCUCCACGCCGUCGAAUGCGACCGGCACCACCGUGACUGAAACUUCGGUCGUCGUCGCUGGCCGUUGUAUUUCGUCGCAUCAAUCACGAAUCGGAAAACAAUACGCGUACCAUCGGCUAAUCCGAUCCACAGCAGCAUCUAACCGAGAACCUGACCGCGACCGGAUGAUGCCGCCUAGUUGAUUCCCCAAUUACAGGUAAAAUGGUCAGAUCGCUAAAGCUUAUUAUACAGUCCCAUGUCCGUUUCGAAUUUUAAAAAAAAAUCAUUUUUCAU